AUGGAAUACGUGGUACUUCCAUCAUCAGAAGGAGAUUAUGAUGAUACAGACUUAGAAGAAGAAGUUGUUCCUGGUCAAAACGGGGAAGGAGCAUUUGAUUAUUAUGGAUAUUACAACGAUCAAAUCCCAAAUGACUUUGAACAUGCAGUUGAACAUGUUUAUGCAGACGGAUAUGUGGGAGACAAAUAUGAACAUGAUGGAGAUGCCGAUGAGGAUUCUGGCGAUGAGGAGGAUUAUGACGAUGAUGAGGACGAUGACGAUGAGGAGGACGAUGAUGAUGAGGAUUCUGACGAUGGCGAUGAUGCUCUGUAUGAUGAUGCGGGUCUGUAUGAUGAUGAUGAUGUUGAGGCAUAA